CGUGCGCUGCGCAUACGUGGGGGACAGAUGCACGUGCGUACAUAUGACGGAGAACAGCCUAGUGCCUGCACAUCUGAGCCUGUUGAAUGUUCCAUGAAGAAUGGUCCGUAAAAAGAUUGACAAUCGGAUUCGGGUGUUGAUAGAGAAUGGGGUGACUCUCGGUCGUCGAUCAAUGUUCGUUGUCGUUGGAGACCAUGGAAAAGAUCAGGUUGUCAUUUUACAUCACAUGUUAUCAAAGGCUGUUGUCAGAGCAAGACCAUCAGUGUUGUGGUGCUACAAAAAGGAGCUUGGUUUCAGCAGCCAUCGCAAGAAGCGUAUGAAGCAACUGCAGAAGAAGAUAAAGAGCGGUGUCCUGGAUAUCAAAGAAGAUGACCCCUUUGAGUUGUUCAUUGCAGCAACCAACAUCCGCUACUGUUACUACUCUGAAACACACAAGAUCUUAGGAAACACAUAUGGCAUGUGUGUACUGCAGGACUUUGAGGCUAUGACCCCCAACCUCUUGGCCCGCACCGUUGAGACCGUAGAGGGUGGCGGUAUUAUAGUGAUACUGCUUCGCACAAUGGCAUCCCUGAAGCAGCUGUACACACUCUCCAUGGAUGUUCAUUCGCGGUAUCGCACAGAGUCACACCAAGAUGUCGUAGGCAGAUUUAAUGAAAGGUUUCUCUUAUCCCUUGCAACAUGUAAACGUUGUAUGGUCAUCGAUGAUAAGCUCAACAUUCUACCCCUGUCCUCUCAUAUCCUGUCCAUUCAACCGGUACCUCCAAAGACGAUGGAUGACACUUUGAGUCCAAGUGAAGCAGAAUUGAAAGACUUGAAAGCAUCAUUGCAAGACACACAGCCAGUGGGGGUGCUUGUCAACCGUACCAAGACACUGGACCAAGCCAAAGCAUUGCUAAAGUUUGUAGAGGCUAUCUCAGAGAAGACUCUGCGUAGCACUGUUUGCAUGACGGCAGCAAGAGGGAGAGGCAAGUCUGCGGCUCUGGGCUUGGCUAUGGCUACUGCUGUGGCAUUUGGGUAUUCCAACAUUUUUGUGACUGCUCCCAGCCCUGAGAAUCUACGAACACUCUUUGAGUUUGUCUUCAAAGGGUUUGAUGCACUAGAUUAUCAGGAACAUCUUGACUAUGAGUUGGUCCAGUCGACAAACCCUGAAUUCAACAAAGCCAUCAUAAGAGUCAACAUUUACAGAGAACACAGGCAAACAAUACAGUACAUUCAUCCUGGUGAUGCAGUCAAGCUAGGACAAGCAGAGCUGGUAGUGAUAGAUGAGGCUGCAGCAAUCCCACUGCCUCUGGUCAAGGAACUACUAGGACCAUACCUUGUGUUCAUGUCUUCAACCGUUAAUGGGUAUGAAGGGACAGGCCGCUCUCUCUCCUUGAAAUUGAUUCAGCAACUCAGACAGCAGAAUGCAACAGGUGGUUCCAGUAGUAAGACAGAAGCGAGGAGUAGCUCAGAGGCUGGGUCAUCAGCCACAGGUCGUGUUCUUCAUGAAGUUAGCCUAGAUGAGUCAAUCCGAUACAGUGUUGGAGAUGAUGUAGAGCAAUGGUUGAAUGGUAUGCUAUGCCUAGAUGUGGCAAACGUACCAAGGAUAUCAUCGGGAUGCCCACUACCUCAAGACUGUGACUUAUACUACAUCAACCGAGAUACAUUGUUCAGUUUCCACAAAGCCUCUGAGGUAUUUCUUCAACGUCUGAUGUCUAUCUAUGUAGCAGCACACUAUAAGAACACACCCAACGAUUUACAGCUUCUAUCAGAUGCACCAGCUCAUCACAUCUUCUGCCUUCUGGGACCAGUGGAUCCUACACAGAAUGCACUGCCUGAAAUACUCUGUGUGCUUCAGGUGUGCUUGGAAGGCCAAAUCUCCAAGCAAAGUAUCAUGUCCAGCUUAUCCCGAGGCAAGCGAGCUUCAGGAGACCUGAUUCCAUGGACCAUCCAACAACAGUUUCAAGACAAUGAUUUUCCCACUUUAUCGGGUGCUCGAGUGGUACGCAUAGCAACACACCCUGACUACCAAGGGAUGGGUUAUGGAUCCAGGGCCUUGAAGCUUCUGCAGAGGUACUAUGAGGGUCAGUUUCCCAGUCUAGGGGAGAAUUCUUCAGCACCCACUGAGUUAAAUACUGUGCAGAGUGAGGAGGUUGAUUUGUUAGAAGAGGUGAUUGGGCCGAGGAAAAACCUUCCUCCAUUGCUGUCCAAGCUGAGUGAACGUCCUGCAGAGAAGUUGGAUUACCUGGGGGUAUCGUUUGGUAUUACAUCAGAGCUACUGAGGUUUUGGAAGAAAGCUGGAUUUGUACCUGUUUAUCUUAGGCAGACACCCAAUGAGCUAACUGGCGAACAUUCCUGCAUUAUGCUGAAGAUCAUAAAUGAAGAUAUGUCUCCUCAACCAGAUACUGAAUCAUGGCUAAUGGCUUUUUCCAAAGAUUUCCGAAGACGAUUUGUGUCGUUGUGCUCCUAUCAAUUCCGCAACUUUCCACCCUCCAUGGCCUUGAGUAUAUUGCACCACAAAGAUUACAAGCUAGAGACGCAACCACUUCAAGCAGAUGAGCUGGAAUCUUACUGCAGUAAGUACGAUCUGCAACGUCUGGAGCUGUACUCACGUAACAUGGCAGAUUAUCACCUGAUUAUGGAUUUAGUGCCUACUGUUGCUAAGCUGCACUGUCUGGGUAGGAUACGGGCUCAUCUUUCUGCAGUACAGUCAGCAAUCUUUGUAGGUUUAGGACUCCAGCACAAGACUGUAGACUGCUUAGCUAAAGAUUUGGACCUACCAGCUAGUCAGAUCCUUGCACUCUUCAAUCGAAACAUCAGAAAAGUCGUCCAGGAGUUCAGUGGGAUAUUAGAGAAGGAGGUUGAGGGCAAGAUCAUGACAGCAUCAGCCAAGGAGGUCGUAAUGGAGCCAGUUAAGCAAACACUGGCUCAGGAUUUGGAAGAAGCAGCCAGUGAGAUCAAAGCUAAACAGAAGAAGGAAUUGGAAAGACUGAAACUGCUGGAUAUGAGUCAAUAUACCAUUAAAGGACAGGAAGAUGAAUGGAACAAGGCACUCCAGUCUGGCAAAGCGAAGAAUAUGGUCAGCAUUCCAAGCAGUGACAAAGAAGGUCCACAGAGAAAGAGACACAAAGUGGCUGACCAGGAAAUGGAGUCGCCAAAAGGAAAUCGAAAGAAGAAAGUCAAGCUAGCUAAGUCAGCUAAGAACUAAUCAUGGAAAUCUUUACUGAAGACGUGUCCCCCAGAAAUAAUAUAGAGAUUAUUCUCUACAGUAUGAAUCAGUUUUGUUCAAUGAAUUGAGAAAGGAACUUGUACAUACGUGGACACCUGUACAAUUAUGGACAUGAAACAGGACAUUCCUUUAAUUUUACUCCAAUAUAUUUUGCUUUUGUGAUGUUUCCCUCAAUACACUUUGUAGAAUAAAUGCAAUGCCAAGGUGCACCAUGCAUUACAAAAUCAUUUUUAUUUCAUUGACAAGCAAAAAUUGCAAGAUUUGAGGGACAUUCAUACUGUACAUGUAUAUGGGUCAUAUACUACUCUGACUAGGUAAUCACAUUCUAAACAGAUUACAAAUUCUGUUCAGAUUUAACAAAAAUACAUCAAACUUAUCGGACUAUAAAUGAGAAUAAAUUGUCCUCUCACAUUGCUUUCACACCAGGACCAUAUGUAAUCCAAUUCCUCUUCACUUUGGUCUUCUGUGGUUAGAGCUACAUGUACAAUUGUCAAAGUAGAACACCAGCAUGACAUUGUCUGAUAGUAAUUCAAAAUCAUUAGUAAGAAGAUUGGAACAUAUCGUCAUAGCUUGACGACUUGUCCGUUCCAGUGAAGUCCUGCAAGUCAACUUCAAGUAAAAUCCUGCACCUUAGGUCUAUUUAUGUGAAAGGGUAAUCUAGGUCUCAUCUACAGAUUAAACAGUGAAAUAUUUGUCAUUCAAUCAAAUGCACUGCAUGAAUAAAUUAUUCUAUGUUGACAGCAGGUCUAGAAUUCAAAGGGGGGGUGCUACAUGUAUAUUGAGUUUCAACCUGAACAUAGUUUUUUUUUUCAAUCUGGGAAAAAAUUUAUGUCCGUAUCAAAUAACCAGCUGAGAACAAGAAACAGGAAAAAUACCGUACCAGGUGUUCCUCUUAAUAUUAACAGUGAGAAAAAUAACGUAAAAAUAUGUGCCAGCUUCAAGUGUAAUUCUAACAGAGAAAAAACACUGCAGUGACCGGGCAUGCAACUUUUCCUCGGAUCAGCUGAUUUCUUCAUUUAUCACUUCACAUUCACGCCAUUGAAAAUAGACAAACAUGGCAUAAAGUUUUGUAAAGAGGAAUAAAGGAAUUUUUUUCGUUAUUUUUCAAAGCACAAGUUGCAUGUCCGAGUAACAGUUCAGUACUUCUAGCUGCCAAUGAACGAAAUUUCCCACAUAAAGAGUUUGAGAUUGUACACAAAAUGGUUGGUUCAACCGGGCAAUGUAUAAUAUGUAGGAGCAAUUAAUUUGGGUGAAAACCUUACCAUCUUAGUUUCUGUAAAAAUCCUGUAUGAUUCUUUGGAAUGGACUUGUAUUUAGCGUGAAUGUACUUUGUGCCUGGUCAAACUGGUGCAGAGAUAGAAAUAAUGAACCCAAGCCUAUUCAA